AUGAAUUCUAAUGGAAUUAUAAAAUCAAGAGUAAUAUUUUUACAUUUUCUUGAUAAGACAAGAACAUGGCUUGCAAUACUUGCAGGAAUAGUACUUGGCUAUUUUCGUGAUUUCCAUACUAUAUAUACAAUUGCAGGAGGAACUUUUGUCACAAUAAUUACUAAUAUUUUAAAACUUAUAUUUCGUCAACCUCGACCAUAUAAAGAUAAAUAUGCUUUAUCAGUUGUUUGGUCAAGAGUAAUUAUUGGUCAUCAUACAAAGUCUCAAGUUAUAGUUGGAAUGUUAUUGGGCUUAAUUUGUGGCAUUUUAUGGAAUAAUUUGUGGUGGAAUUUUGUAAAACCUUUGUCAAUUGAAUUGAAUUUAAAUGUCCUCGACCCUCAAAAUCAAGAAGUAAUUACUUAUUUUGAAAACCUCUCUGAAAUUUAUUGGAGGGCUGGUCAAUAUUAUGAAACGGUAUUUGCCCUUCAAACCUUAUACAGGUUUAACAAAAAUGUCGGUGAUUCCAUCAUCAAGAAGUUAGCUUACUACCAUAUGCAUAUUGGUGAAAUGGAAAAGUCAAAACUGAAUUAUGAAAAAGCUCUAUGUCACUAUAAAGAGGCAAAUAAUUUAAGACGCGGAGAUCCUGCUAUUAUGGUCACUCUCUCUCAAGCAUUGAUUGCUGUUUGUGAUUGGAAAGAGCGUGGCGGAAUUGGUUAUAUUCAUGUAGAUCCUAUUUCUAGACAGCUGAUUCGGUCAAUUCAAUUUCAACGAACUGGUUACAUGGGGAUAAUUUCAAAUCUUGUUGAUGGCUUCAUUUAUAAUGGUUCUAAAUAUGGAGCUGGCGUGAUAAAAAUGAAUGGUGGUGUUGAACAUCUUAUAAAUGUUUUGGGUUGGGGAGUUCAUGAUUCAGAUGAAGCGUUGAAAUUUCUUAGGGAAAAAAUAAAAGGUUGGAAAAGAAGUCUGCAAUUACCAUGUGAAGGCGGUUGGCUUUUAAGAGUUAUUCAGCAGUUUAUGCGUCGUAUACAGCGUCGAUGGUAUUUAGACACUUAUGGAUACUGUUAUGGAAGUUUUAGAGCUUUGCCAAAAAUAAAAGUCACGCCUAUUGAUUGUAUAAAAUAUGUUCGUCCUAAAGUUCCUAAACAAUUACCAAGACCGGAGGAAGUGCCAAUAGUUCCAUUCUACACUUUUUCAUACGAAUUAUCACCGAAACAAGUUCGUCUAGUAUCACAUCGUACAGCCUUAAUAACGGCCUAUGACGUCUGUACAUCGUCAUGGCUUGACGAUUGUGUUUAUCCACCACCGCCACCACCAGCUCCUAGACUUAAAAUUGGAUAUAUUUCAUCAGACUUUAGAAAUCAUCCAUUAGCUCAUUUGAUGCAAUCAGUUUUUAAUCUUCACGAUAAAAACAAAUAUCAAAUAUAUUGCUACUCUUUGACAGAUAGCGACGGAUCAAUUUACAGAGCCAGAAUCGAGCAAGGAUCUGAUUUUUUUUACGAUUGUUCAAAGAUGACAGAUCAACAGAUUGUACAACAAAUAGUUUAUGACGGUAUUCAUGUUUUAGUAAAUCUGAAUGGUUAUACAGCAGGUGAACAUAAUAAGAUUUUUGCAGCUCGCCCUGUACCUGUGCAAAUAAGUUAUAUGGGUUAUUGUGGGACAAUGGGUGGAAUGUGGACUGAUUACUCGAUUUUAGAUGAAGUGGUUUGUCCUGAAGACAUGAUAGGUUUAUAUCAUUACAAAAUGGGAAGAAAGAAUAUAGGUGAUUUAUAUCAAGAACUUGACCCAGAAGUUGAAGAUGAUGAUUGGAUAUACUGUGAAAAAGUGAUCAGGUUUGAAAAGGGUAGCUAUUUUGUCAACGACCACAGACAAAAUUUUAGAGAUGAUGAACAUUUAAAGGGAAUAAAUGAUCCACAAUUAAAGUUAUUAUUUGAAGAGCAUAGAAGAUUGCAACUACGAGCUAUGCUAUUUCCUUUAAUUCCUCUAGAUUGGGUGAUAUUUGCAAAUUUUAAUCAAUGUUAUAAAUUUGAUCCAUUGACAUUCAAAUCUUGGAUAGAAAUACUUGAAAAAGUUCCAAAAUCAAUACUUUGGCUUCUUAAAUUCCCCAAAUUGGGUGCUUCAAACCUUAAAGAGCUUGCAAGAGAAUGGGCAGAUGUUGCAUCAAAAGAAGAACAUGUAUUACGUUGUCGAGUUGCAGAUUUAGUAUUAGAUUCACCUGUUGUAAAUGGACAUACUACUACCUGUGAUAUACUGUGGUCAGGAACACCUGUAUUGACCGUAAAAGGUCCCUCUCAUAAACAAUGUUCACGAGUAUCUGAAUCAAUUAUUACUGCUGCUGGAUUUGAAGAAAAACUUGUGGCAAAUGAUUUACUAGAUUACAUAGACAAAGCAGUGACAUAUUCAUCAUCUCACAGAAUAAAGUUUUGGACUGGUUCAACUUAUGUUUUUGACGGAAUUUUAGCUCAAUUAAGAAAAGAACUUUUUCUUAAAAGAGAUACUAUGGACCUCUUUAACACUAAAAGUAUUGUGAGAUCUUUAGAAGACGCUUACGAUGAAGCAUGGCAAAAUUGGGUGGAUGGAAAUGAUUAA